AGUACAAUAUUCCUCAUCAUGCUUUCCACUCCAAAUUUGAUUGCUACUUCAGUAGCCUGUGUAUCACUUGCGCUUGUGUUGGUGCUCACUCGCUUCUGUCUCGCCACACUGCGGCCCAAAGACUAUCCACCAGGGCCGCCGACUGUCUUGGGACUUGGAAAUCUGAGCCAGAUACCGCUUAAACAACCAUUCACCCAAUUCGGCAAGUGGUCUAAGACCUAUGGUGACAUUCUUGGCCUUAAACUUGGGCCGUCAAAUCUCGUCGUUCUCCAUAACCCUCAAACUGUUCAUCAACUUUUCAGUAAGCGCGCGGCACAUUACUCUGGCAGGCCCUACAGCUACAUCCCCAACGAGCAUGUUUUCUGUCAACAUGCAGACAAGCACGUCAUUUACCUCCAAAAUACACCGUACCUUCGCAAAUGGCGUGCUGCUGCUGCUUAUUUGGUUGGUACAAGUGGCCUGAAGCAGGUCGUUCCCAUGCAGGAGGCCACAGCUGCAACCCUCGCCAAGCAACUACUCAGUACUACCCCCUCCGAGAGUCUUGACUACCUCAAGCAGUGGGCAUUAGCCACACCGCUUCUUGCUAUUACUGGUCAACACCUUGAAGAACGAGGAAAGGCUUUUUCUGAUCGGUUCUUCAGGGCACAGAAGCUGUGGUUGGAGCUGCUUGAACCUGGAAAUGCACCCCCUGUUGACAUGGUACCUAUGCUCCGAUGGAUCCCUGAAAGAUUUGCUUCAUGGAAGACGGAUGCGAGAUAUGUGAGGGACUACAUGUUUGAGGAGUAUGCGAGCUUUCUAAAGUCUGCCCAGAAGCUCAGUAGCAAGACCGACACGGUCACGCCUGGUCAGAACAAACCUACAAGAUUCAGAUGCUUAAUGACCAAAAUCUUGGAAGAUGGGUUAGAAGAGGAAAGGGAAAAAACUGAUAAACUGGGUUUCUCUCCCGAUCAGCUUGCCUAUCUCGGUGGCGGAUUACUUGACGCAGCAGUGGACACCACUUGGGCAUCCAUAAUGAGUCUUGUCCUUUACUUGGCAUCAUACCCUGAUGUACAGCAGAAGGCUUAUGACGAAGUUACGCGGAUCAGUCCGGAUCAAAGCCCAGGAGGUGACAAGCUUGGUGACCUGCCAUACAUUGGGGCCUGUCUUUCUGAGAUCUUUCGUCUAUGCCCUCCUACCCCCAGUGGAUUGCCACACGUUCUAGAUAGAGACGACAUCGUGGAUGGAUACAGGAUCCCCAAAGGCACUUCCCUUAUUGCCAACGUGUGGAGCAUGCAGCGUAAUCCCGAUGACUAUGAUCAGCCUGACGAAUUUAUUCCAGAGAGAUACCUCAACCAUCCCCUCGGUCUCAAGCAAGGUGCCGAUGAUACCCACAAACGUGCGACCUACACCUUUGGUGCUGGUAGAAGAAUAUGCCCCGGGGAGGCAUUUGCGCAAAACGCCAUCCUCAUAGCUAUUGCUAAGAUAUUGUGGUCAUUCAAGAUUGAACCUGCCGGGCCUCUUAACCUUGAUUACAAGACGGGUUUCCACACCGGACUCACGAUGGGGCCGAAGCCGUACAAGGUGAAUUUCGUUUUGCGCGAUCAUAUACGCAGGGAGGACAUUCUUCGAGACUACGAUGUUUGUCAGACAACUCUUGCUGAAUUUGGCUUGUAG